AUGGAUCACACUACUAUAAAUGCUUUUGCAUGGAUCUGUUGGGCGAUUUGGGGCGCUCGAAAUCAAACCCUCUUUCAGAAUCGAUCCUUUUCUCCUCAGGAAACUUUCAACAAAGCAAUUGCCGCUGCUAGAGAAUGGGAAUUGGCUCAACCCGCACCAAUAGCCCCAUCAAUCCACCCACCUCCACGAUCAAACUUCCAACAAUUAUCACCCGAUCUGAUUCGUUGUAACACAGACGGAGCUUGGAAAGUAGAAUCGGGAGCAGCAGGACAGGGCUGGAUCUUCUCGGAUGCCACGACGCCAGAAAUUGAUCGCGGAUCACUCUACAAAAAACAUGUAUCAUCUCCUCUACUCGUAGAAGCUUUGGCGAUAAGAGAAGCUCUCAUGCAUGUGAUCUCCCUUAACAUCAAUCACAUCUGA